AUGGUCUCGACGCGCUCCCCCCCUCCAUCAUCCCCACGAUCCCCUAAAUCAUCUAAAUCACCGUUCCCCAAACCUGCCGACUCGUUCGCCCCCCUCACUUCUGUCCUUGCUGACAAAGCUCAACCAGACGCGGCUCAUCCUAUAGAGCCGAAAGCGUUUCUUCUGCAGCGGGUCCUGUCGGGAGGAUCGACUGCGACAACGGCGACAUCAGAGUCGGGGACUGCUAGUCCCGCAAUGAAAAGCGUACCUCUGUCGCCGAGUUCGCCCGGGACAAGGACGCCGAGAGCAGGGCAGCAGCAGUUGGCGGGCGACAUGGACGGGCUCAAUGUCCGAUCCCCAAUCUCCAAUAACGGGCAAUUACCGGGCGAGGGAAUUCUGGGCAUGAUGAACGCAGUCAGCGAGACCCCGGAGGAAAUGGCUGUCGAGCCGCCGAGUCAAGAGCCAAAUGGGAACGAUGGCAGUAAUGGGAAAGAGAUCGGCGUGGGGCGUAAUGGGCACGGCGUAUCGAGAUCGUACUCGAGCUCUACCGAGUCAUCCUCCUCCCAGCAUCCCGUACCACCCUCCUAUCUCGGAUCGAGCUAUGGACCGGAGGGCUUCCCGAUAAGUCAAUCUCCGAUGGAUAGUCCGAUGGCCUAUCCGUCUUACCUGGCCAGCGGUUUGGGGUAUUUCGGCAAUGGUAACGACCCCGAUGUAGCCGCCAAACAAGCUGCGGCUCUUGCCAGAGCCGAUGAAGCUGUCCGCCAGCUCAACAAUACAUCCACCGUCAUCCAAGGGCCUACACCAGGCCUUCCCUAUCCCACCGACAACUUUGCCAUACCGCGCAAUUAUACCAACUUUGUCACUCCUCAGCAGGCUGGUCCUCCUGUGACUCGCCAAUCGUCCACAUCGUCUAGCACUGAUGCUGCUAGUACGAGCUCCGAAGAGUCUGACUGGUGUAUACCGUCGAUCGAAUGGGUACCCGCCCACCAGUGGCAGCAGUCAAAUUACCUAAACAGCCCCGGCAGCCAAUUUGCCCGGGACAAGGAGCGUACAGCUUCAUUCAGCUGCAUGCCUCCUCCAUCCUCCACCAAACCUUCCUCCCCUCGCCGACCUUCCGCCGAUCGUUCAAUACAGCAUCGCAACUCUAUCCCUGUCGGUGCUUCAGCGGGUACGCCUCCUCCCGGCAUGGCCUCUCGCCCAUCAUGGUCUGCUUCCACAGCCGCCUCGUCAGAACCACCAGAAGAUGACGACGAUGCGGCUACAGUCGGCCACGCCGCCCGCGAACGCUCCCAUUCUACGUCAUCUCAAUCUGCUCAGAGCGGCCUCGACCUUUUGUGGCGUGCAGCCCAUGGCUUGCCGCACGCCUCGCACGUUGGUACGCCGUAUGAUCCCGCGUUCGAGCACAAAGGCAAGCGCAAAGCUGGUGCGGAGGCGGUGGACAAGUGGAGAGCUAGUGGUAUACCCACAGGUGUCCCGCCUGGGGGCGAUGCGGAGGUAGAAGGCAGCACGCCUCCUGUCCCGGGUCCUCCCAGAAAACGACGCCGAAGCGAGAUGGAAUUGGAGCCGAUGGACGAGGAUCUCGAAGAGGUGGACGAGGAUGAGCCGAUCAAGGAGGAGCUUAGCGACUACCAUUCUCCUUCAACGUCAGAGCCCGUACCGAGCGAUCACGAUAGUGAUUAUGGAGGAAGCAGUUCUGCACCGAAGCGUGGGAAAGUGACUGGUCGAGGAAGAGGCCGGCCCAAGGGGAGUACCGCUGCGGCAGGAGGGCCGAGAGGUAGGACUUUGGCCAGCAAAGUCGACCUUGCCACUGCCCCCGGGGGUGUUACGAAGCAGGGGAAUAUCAAGAAGGUCAGGAAGGUUGGAGAUAUGCCGAAUGGACUCGCCAAAGGACCGUCGAAGGAAGCUGUUCAUGUGCCCCCUGGUGGAGUACAGUGUGAUUACAUUAAUCCUUUGCCUCCUUACAAUCGCUGCACCGACGUCUUCACCCGUAAAUACGAUCUACCUCGACAUAUGGCCCGUCAUGCUCGGCGAGAAGGCGAGCUGGUGGUGGAGGGUGCGCUCGAUAAUGAAAAGGCGGUCUUGUGGAGAAAGUUCAAGGACAAGCCCAAGGUCCAGUGUGGUACAUGUGGGGAAAGUUUUACGAGGAUGGACGCUCUGAAGCGUCAUCAAGCAAAGCAGCAUCACUAG